AAUUAGUGGUUUACGAUGUCAUCCAAUAACAAUAUAAACAGCGAAAGAAGUACAGGUAUGAAGACCCCACCAACUAAACCUACUGCAUCUCUGUUUGAAAACAUGCCUAUAAUUUCACCAAUCCUUUCAUAUUCUUCCUCCCGAGCCGAUUCUCCACAAAUUCCAGAAAUUAUUCCUGAAGAAACUAGGAAAUCUCUCCCAAUACAUGAAACCUUACCAAUAGUGAACUGCAUAGCUAGAGCUCGUAUUCCAACUACUCAAGGACCAGAAAUCUUUUUGCAUUUGUAUGAGAAUAAUAUUGACAAGAAGGAACAUUUAGCUAUUGUUUUCGGUGAAGAUAUCAGAUCAAAGACAUUAUUUGCCAAAAGACCCAAUGAAACCCAACAAGAUAGAAUGACUAGAGGUGCGUAUGUGGGAAAGCUUUAUCCUGGGAGAUUAGAAGCAGAUGUUGAUCAUAAGGAAGGAAUGUCCGUUGAAUUUGAUUCUGAAGGACAAUUAAUCAGAGAAUCUACUACAACAUUCAAAGAUGAAUGUUUGGUACGAAUUCACUCUGAAUGUUAUACAGGAGAAACCGCAUGGUCUGCAAGAUGUGAUUGUGGGGAACAAUUCGAUGAAGCUGGAAGAAUUAUGGGUGCUAAUGGUCAUGGAUGUAUUGUAUAUUUAAGACAAGAAGGAAGAGGAAUAGGUCUUGGAGAAAAGCUCAAAGCUUAUAACUUGCAAGACUUGGGAGCUGAUACAGUACAAGCCAAUUUGAUCUUGAGACAUCCAGCCGAUGGGAGAUCAUUUUCUUUAGCUACUGCAAUUUUACUUGAUUUAGGAUUGGCAGAUAUAAAACUUUUAACAAAUAACCCAGAUAAGAUUUUGGCAGUUGAAGGUAAGAAUAGAGACGUUAAGGUGAUAGAAAGAGUACCAAUGAUACCAUUGGCAUGGAAAUCCAAACUGGGGAUCAAAUCCAAGGAAAUUGACGGAUACCUCAGUACAAAGAUAGAAAGAAUGGGCCAUUUACUUGAGAAGCCAAUCAAGUUUUAAGAAGAUACGGAAACAUAAUAAUAAUAUUAAUGAUAAAAAGAAAGAAAGUUCAAUAUGAAUAAUUAAUAUCAAAAUGGUGCUAAUAGAUUUAGGUUAUCUCAGUUUACAGAUUAGACC